AUGAAAUUAAUCUAUAUUAUCGUAUUCAGUUUUUAUUUAAAUAUUAUUGAUGGUUUACCACAAGUACGUGUACAUCCACAAUCUGCUGUAAUACCAUCAUCAUCUGAAGUACGAUUAUUAUGUGAAAGUAGUGAUACACCAUUUAUAUCUGUUGCUUAUUGGACUCAUGUUGGACAACGUAUUGAAUUAAAUCCAUCGAUAAUUGAAAUGCAUGAUAAUGAAUUACGAAUAUAUCAAUUUGGUGAUACUGCAUAUACACAACCGGGUGCUUAUGCUUGUGUUGUAUCAACUCGUUAUGGUUUACUUGAAAGUGAACCAGCUAUGUUAAGUUUACCAAGUCUUCAUUGA